AUGUGCGCGUUCUCAUUUGAAAAUCCGAAUAUUCAUUCAUGUAUCUGUUUGAUGGGCGUUUACGAGGGUGAUCGAUGCCAAUACGAAGGUGAGUUUGAUUCUGCUUAG